CCCCAUACGACUCCACACAGCUAACAUCGAGGUCGACAUUUCGGGCAACAUGGAUUCUCCAGAGACAAUGACUACAGCUCGCUAGCCGUGUUAUCAUUAUAGACACUCGUGGAGUAUCAAGACAUACGCGCAGCUUUGCCGCAACCCGUACAACCAAACUCCUCCACACCCUCUCUGAUCAUCGUCAGCUCGGACUUGCGUUCACAAGGAUAAGGAAUCAUGGGUCAGCCUCUCACCGAGUCCGAAAUUAUAUUCCCACACCUGUCGAACACUCCAAACUUCUCCACUACCCUGUCGUCGCUCAAACGCUCAGCAUUGUCCAUCACCAACCGGCUCAACUCUAUCACAAGAGACAGCGACUUCGUCGCCAACGUAGCCGCCGCAUAUGACCUGCCACUUGUCGCAAACGAGCGUUGUGGGAGUUGGUACAUCUCACCGCACCUGAAAGUUUCGAGCGUCUACUUCAAGAGCACGGACGGUCACAUGGGCGAAUGGGCGUUCAGCCUGCGCAGGCUCAACCUGCAGCUCUUAGACGUUGUCAGCCAGCAUGGCGGGUGUGUGAUUGUUGAUUCGACGAGAAGAGGGAAGAGCAUGCCUGAUGCUCUCAGCAAGACGGUGCCGUUCUGGUGUUGCGUGAUGAAUAGGGCAAUCUUCGGCACCGAGAAGAGGGGAGAUGAAGCGUUGAAUCUGUUCACUCCUCCGAGCACUGUCUCUGAAAGCGAGAGCACGCAAAUGGAGAGAAGGAUGAAUGGCUUCGUGCAGCAGUUCCUGCGCCAGGAUAUUUGCAGACCAGACGUUGCAGCGCUCCGAUCCAAACUGCAAAAGCCUCUGCGUCCACUCUGGGUAACUCAAGCCUCGACUCUUCCACCCCUCACACCAGACUUCCCCGACUUCCACCCCGUCAUUCUCUGCACGGCAUCUCGACGCGUCCGCGGCGCCGAAGCAUCAGAAGGCGGUUACAUCCAAGGCGCAGCCGACGACCACGAGGCAUGGUCGCACGGCCUCACCCCAGCGCUAUUCUGGAGCAACAAAGACGCUCUCCUGCGGACGAACGAGGAAGAUCUGCCGACCAAGAUUGCCGCGCUCGUCAGCCAGGACCGAGGAGCUGAUGCCGUCCCCACCAUGAUCAUGCCGACCAGCAAUCUCCACGUGUCUGCGAGCGAGAAAGUCAAUUUCACGUCUUUCGACACGGUGAUAAGCUGCACGCCUACACCACUCCCGCAGUCCCUACUGAAAGACGCGCGAGUGAAGGCGUAUCUGCAUCUCCCGUGCCAGACUGGCAAACUCGGCUCCCGCGACCUGCGCAACCAACUAGCCGCCUUACGGUCCUUGACACCGACCACGUCUGGGAAGACGUUGAUAUGCUGUCCCACCGGCAAAGAUCUCUCUGUUGGAACAGCGCUCGCAUACCUGUGUCUAUACGUCACGGACGACGGCACGGUGGACCUGGAGAAGCCCCGUGAAGCUCGGGCGAUAGACAAGCCCCUGAUCAAGCAGCGGCUCAGCUGGAUCACAACGAGCAACCCGGCACUGAACCCGAGCCGCGCGACGCUGCAGAGCGUGAACAGCGUGCUGAUGUCCAGCGAGGCGGGCAAAAGCACCAAGCUGCCAGAGGUGAGAAAUCCAGCUGCUCUCGAUGCAGACUGGAAACCGGUCUCUCCAUCAACGGCCUCUUCCCCGCAGCACCUCUUCACAACCCUAUCAAGCACCCCCUGGGAAUUCACACGCACCCUCACCUCCACUCUCCCUGCGCACCCCUCGGGCACCGUAACAGGGCUUGCCGAAUUUACACCGCUCUCGCCAAACCCAUCGUCCGCAGAUCCGUCAUCCGUAACCCCGUCCGCAGAGCUGCUGUACACAGAAACCGGCACCUUCACCACCUCCACCGGAUUCAGCAGCCCCGUGCGGCGACGCUACGUGUACCAGCUCAUCACCCCCCUCUCGGGGUGUGAGUCUGACGCGCCGUUUGUGCGGGUGAGGUUCUUCGAUGAGGCGGGGGUGGGGGGUGUGUUUGUCGAGAUGGGGGGUUUGAGUUUUGAGGAGAAUGUUGACGAGGGCGGUGACGAGGGCGUGCUGAGCGCGAGGAACCGCGCGCCGCAUGUUUGCGGCGCGGAUGUGUACGCGGCGCGUUGGCGGUUUGCGCGGGGCGUGGUGGGUGCGGAGACUGGAGGGGAUGGGGGGGAGAUGUGGUGGGAGGUGCGGUGUGAUGUGCAAGGGCCGCGGAAGGCGUAUGUGAGCACGACGCGGUACACGGGGCCGGGGGAGGGGAGGCAGAGGGGAGCAUUGGAGUAGGGUGCGUGAAUGGCAUCGUGCUGAGUUUGUGUGUCAUGGAUA